ACGCGGAGGGACAUUGCUCUGGAUCGCUCCACGAACAGGGCCAUCUUUGGUGUCUCCGCCGGUGACAGUGUGGGCUGUAUUCCCCAUUGAUCAUUAAUGCCCAAUGAUUAAUAAAUAACACUUAACGCUGAAGAGCCUUUUAAAGCAGUCACGCCUGAGAGAAACGAGAGGAAACGUUCUUUGCUUUUUUUUGGUGGACUCACUGGCAAUCUUUCCUUCAGCACCCCUUCAUUUCCCAAGGCAAAAAAAGAGGGCGAGACGGGAGAGGCGGUGAUACAACAUGGAUGAGGAAUAUGAUGUGAUCGUUUUGGGCACCGGACUCACAGAAUGCAUUCUGUCCGGGAUCAUGUCUGUGAAUGGGAAAAAGGUUCUGCACAUGGACAGGAACCCUUACUAUGGCGGGGAAAGCUCUUCCAUUACACCACUGGAAGAGCUGUACAAGCGCUUUAGUCUACCCGAUAGCCCACCCGAGUCAAUGGGCAGAGGAAGAGACUGGAACGUUGACCUUAUCCCCAAGUUUCUCAUGGCUAAUGGUCAGCUUGUGAAGAUGUUGCUAUACACAGAAGUGACACGGUACCUGGACUUCAAAGUGGUGGAAGGAAGCUUUGUUUACAAAGGAGGAAAGAUCUACAAGGUGCCGUCGACCGAGACGGAGGCGCUUGCUUCCAAUCUGAUGGGAAUGUUUGAGAAGAGAAGGUUUCGGAAGUUUUUGGUCUUUGUGGCCAAUUUCGACGAGAAUGACCCCAAGACCUUUGAGGGGGUCGACCCUAAAACCACCACCAUGAGGGACGUUUACAAGAAGUUUGACCUUGGCCAGGAUGUCAUCGACUUCACUGGCCACGCCCUGGCCCUCUACAGGACAGAUGACUAUCUUGACGUUCCCUGUUUGGAGACGAUCAAUCGUAUCAAACUGUACAGCGAAUCACUGGCGCGUUACGGAAAGAGCCCUUACCUCUACCCCCUGUAUGGUCUGGGAGAGCUGCCGCAGGGAUUUGCCAGGCUCAGCGCAAUCUAUGGGGGAACCUACAUGCUGAACAAGCCUGUGGAAGAGAUUGUAAUGGAGGGUGGCAAAGUGAUUGGAGUGAAGUCAGAAGGCGAGGUGGCUCGUUGCAAGCAGCUCAUCUGUGACCCCAGCUACAUCCCGGACCGUGUCCGUAAGGCGGGCCAGGUGAUCCGUGUCAUCUGCAUCCUGAGCCACCCCAUCAAGAACACCAACGACGCCAAUUCCUGCCAGAUCAUCAUCCCUCAGAAUCAGGUCAACCGCAACUCAGACAUCUACGUGUGCAUGAUCUCUUAUGCCCACAACGUGGCGGCCCAGGGGAAGUACAUAGCCAUCGUCAGCACCACAGUGGAGACCAGUGAGCCCGAGGCUGAGAUCGAGCCAGCCUUGGAGCUUCUGGAGCCCAUUGAUCAAAAGUUUGUGGCUAUUAGUGACCUUUAUGAGCCCACAGACGAUGGCACUGACAGCCAGGUCUUUGCCUCAAGGUCCUACGAUGCCACAACUCACUUCGAGACCACCUGCAACGACAUCAAGGACAUCUACAAACGCAUGACUGGGACCGACUUUGACUUUGAGAACAUGAAGCGCAAACAGAACGACGUCUUUGGGGAGGAUGAGCAGUGAGGGUGGUGUGAGGGCCUUCUGGCAGAGGGUGGGAGCAGAAAAAGAAGCGAAGGCGGAAAAGAGCUGAGAGACGGCUGAGGCCGCUCAGGACGGCCCGGUUUGGAGGAUUUUGGUGUGGGUGGGUGGGAGUGGUGGAAUAAGUGAGCUCUGCGUCUCCUCAGACAUCUGCCUCCAUUUCUUUUUGGUCUUUCUCCCUCUUUCCACUCUCAACGGAAUCCGUGAAAUGCUCACAAACAAACACACACAUGCUCUUCAGACACUCCCGUUUCUCUGUCACUGAAAAGCAGGGUUGAUUAGGUCUUUCUUUCAUUUGUGAAAUAAACAGUAUCGUCAUAACUUUAGCUUUGUCACUAGGGGUGAGUUUUUGACUUGUUGCAGAUUUUCAGAGCAUUUCAGUCUGUUUUUUCUCUGUCGUUCUCAUGUCAGGCUUUAGCCGUGUGGCAGGAUGGUGACGUUGACAGGUCUGGGCUGACCUUAAUGUCAAAUCCUCUUGUAGGGUCACCUCCGGUUGGAAUGCAUGCAUCUUUUACACAGUAGUUUUGUGCAUAGACUGAAUGGACACGGCGGUUUAAAGGCUGGACCGUUAACACGUACCGCUCCUGUCAACCCUGCUUUCCCCCCCCCCCCCCCCCCGGUCUUACUCCGUCUUUUACCUGCGUGACUUAAACAGACGCCGCUCCUUUUGGCAAAAACGUAAAUGUGAUCGACACAGGCAUAUAAAUGGGCUGUUCUGUCAACUGGUAUCGCUCACUUUUUGCAACGCUGUUGUGUUUUCAGUGCAAGCAGGCAAGGUAAUCAGUGGCUAUAACUGUCACCCCCCUUCAAUCCCUCUAUCUAAAAACAAAAAAACAACAAAAAAAAACAAACAAAACAAACACUUUACUUUGUCUCAGUUAUGUAAUGUCAGUUUUGAAACUGAAUAGUUUACUUUCUAACUUGUUAAAUUAUUAAAGAGUUUAUUUCUAUAUCAUGGGUGCACGUUUCACUGGCUGAAGUUAUGAAGUUUACAGAGCAGUGGUAAAAAAAACUGUGGUCUUCAAGUCAAACUAAAAAAAAAGAAAAAAAAAAGGGAAUUUGUGGGAAACAGAAACCAGGAGGCGGUUUGUGAAGUUUUGGGGCGUGGCUUCUGAAGUUGCAACAGGAAUCGAUUGGAACGUGGCAUGGAGGACGGAACGAACGUUGAGAAUGUUGUCGGGUUUUUUUUUUUGGCUUUUAAAGAUGAAGACUGAAAUUUCAGCUUUUGGUGAAACCACCCCAGCUUAUCUUGGUUGUUUGACCCCAUGUGUUUGACGUCGAUGUAAGUCGUUCCCCUUCUAGGUGUGAGGUGGAAGGAGAAGCUGGAUCCUCUCGUUAUUUGAGGACUUUGUAGCGUAGCUGAAGUAUGACGCCGCGGUUCCACGUGCUACCCCUUCAGAAUGAACCGAGAUGCUUUUGUUUAGCCUUAAUGGUUAGGGUUCGCCUCCGAUGCGCAGACCCUUUCUGACAAAUUGUCUGCUUUGUUUUAACUAACAACAUAGUUGCAGGUCGGUCUUGUGCCAAAAUUGGUGUUUCUGUCAUUGGCAAUGAUUAAAGUUCCCUGCAGCAGGGUGGGCAGAGCCGGCUGAAUACCGUGGAAGGGAAAUUGUUUUGUUUCAUAUCAAUUCUCAUGCAGCUGAAAAAGAAACCGGUUUCUGCUGUCAUUUACUACCAUUUGUCACCCACCACCAAACCUUUUUACAAACUCUAAGCUAAUCUCGUGUUUGUGUCUUAUCCUCACGAUCUAUUUAUUUGAAUUCUUGGUGAUGCGUCAUGGAAAGGUUUACGUCAAAUGCUGAAGAUGCUAUGCUGACCGAUUUUAAAACUGAUUGUUUUGUUGCUCUAAUUUGUUCAUUUGCCGUCUCGUAUGUCAUGUUUCUCCUUAUUUAGUGAUCAUUCCAUGAAUUCAUGUUACGCUAGCGUUGCUCGGACACACGUCUUGAUUGAAGGGAAACUCCACCUCAGCCUUGAGUUCACACUGUGCACCGUUGGGCAUAACGUGUGUGCUCAUCCUGGAAACCUUACCUGAAGAAAACUGGAAUAUUGUUUACCUGUUGUUCCCUCUCUCCCACACCUCUCCUUGCCAUACCUGUUUUGUUUUUUUUCUUUUUGAUUUACUGAGAAAACAAGCCUUGUGUGUGGUUGUGCUGUUUUUUAUUUGUUCAUCCGGUAUGGCCUUUGAAAACCACUAUCAACAACAUCCCUCGAAAUUGACAAAAGAAAUAGUCCAGGCUGAAUUGUAGAAAACUUACUGUCCUUGUUUGAUCACUAGUAUGUGAACAAUACCUAAUGUCUUGUGUAACAAAUAAAACCAAUUAAACUAUGAAAUGAAAUGAUAGAAAAAUAAAAAGCACAUGGCAAACCCAGAAA